AUGUACAUCUGUAAAAAAGAAAGAGAAGAAUAAUUUAGACCACAAUUAACUCUUUAUGAAAAGAGGGAACUAUGGCAUACGAUUCUUGAAAAUCGAGGGAAUGUGAGUUUGGUAGCAUAAAGAAUGGGAAAACCUUAAGAAAUAAUAGAAUAAGAUUUAUUAGAGAUAUUUAUUGAAUGUUUACUGAUAGUUAAUGAUCAUAUAGGAUAGACAAAGAAUGAAGCUGUUAUUUAAAAAUUAAAAGUAGAAAAUGUUGUCUCUGUAAUCUAAUUGGCAUCAAGAAAUAAUUCUUAUUAUACAAGUGUUAAGAAUCUAAACUUAUUAUUAAACAUGAUUUAAUGUGCAUUGUAGUAAGAUGAUUUGGAAAAAAAUUUGAGAGAUUUAUAAAAAUAAUCUAAAUUUGAAUGUUUAUUUUUUGAGAUCAAAUGUUUAUUUUGGGAUCAAAUAAAUGAUUUAUCUGAUGAUGAAUAAUAACAAUAAGUGAUUGUAAAUAAUGAUACUUAAACAAAUGGUACAUUCAGAGAUGUAUAUAUAAAAAUAGAUUUACCAGAAGAAGAAUAAGAAACAAAUAAGUAAGAUAAGAAGAAUAUGAUAUCAGAUAAACAAUUUUUAACACAUUUAAAUAAAAUAAUGGCCGAGAAAUAAGUACCAUAUUGGGAAUAAGUGGUAGUAAGAUGGAAUCUAAUGUAAAAUAUAUUUAAUAAUUGA